GUGAACUUGGAAGGAGAUCUCGGCUGCAGCUUGAGGCAGCUCUCUCAGUCCGGCAGCAAUGGUGAUAUUGAUGGAAAGAGAGUCGUCCUACAUCCCCGAGUUGGGCGAGUUCGUGAUAGCCCAUCAGAGCGACAUCCCGCCGGGCUCUGUGAACGAGAUCAACAAGAUCCUGACGACCAUCAAGCUGGCCUCCAAGGUGGUGUCGCUGGAGAUCAGCCGCUAUGCAUCCUUCUCCAUCUCCGAGAUCGAGGCCAUGACAGAUCUCGAGCAACUCGCACAAAACAAAUUCAUCGAGGGAUUCAGGAACAGGUGCGUACACAGGCAGCCAGGGGCAUGGCAGGGCAGGGCUGGAUGAUGACUGCUAUCGGUUUGCUUCAUCUCGCCUUCGGUGCUGUGCUUUCUGUGUGCAGAGAGACUGUGGCCGGUGUGGCGACGGCGGGCAUGGACGGCUUUCUGGAUUUUGGAGGCGAGGCACGCAACCGGCAGUUUGUCGUCAACAUCCACCCCCUGGAUGGAUCAUCAGGUGACAAUGCAGACACACAGACAGAUACACAGGCACACAUGCACGGGCCCAUCUGUGUGUUGGGCGUGUGUUGGUGUGUGGACAUACUUGGACUGCAGGCAGUGAGUUCAACAACGUGGAGACCAAUGUGUCCGUCGGUACUGUGUUCGCCAUCUACAGAAGGUCUGUGUGUGUGUGACAGACGGACAGCAAUGUGCGCUGGGUAAAAACGACGGGUACGUCUGUUUGUUUGUCAGAGUGUCGCCCAUCGGCGGGCCAGUCGAGUUGCGUGACUUCCUGCAGCCUGGCAAGAACAUCAUCGCUGCCGGGUGAGUGGAGUGAUUCCGGGACGAUGUGAGAAUAUACUUCUGUGCGCCGUCUUUCUGUCUGUCUGUCUGUUUGUCUGUGUGUGUGGAUGGCUCCUUCUUAGGUAUGUGUUGUUUGGUUCAUCUGUGCUGCUAAUGUACUCGAGUGGCAGCGGUCUGCAUGGCUUUACCCUGGACACUUCCCUGGGCUCCUUCCUGCUGUCCCACCCCGACCAGAAGAUGCCCACCGACGGAAAGAUCUACUCAAUCGACGGCGGCAGGCGAGCCAAGUUCCCUCAAGGCAUCAAGGACUACAUCACCUACUGCCAAGUGAGCCAGGACACAAAGGCUGAUUGCUCCAGCACCCAGCGACGGACAUGGUCACGUGCUCAUUCGCUGUCUGCCUGUCUGUGUGUGCGUGUAGGACAACAUCUUUUCGCUGCGCUACAUCGGUUCGCUGAUAGCCGACAUCCAUCGGAACCUGUUGAAGGGCGGCAUCUUUCUCUACCCACCGACAUUCAAAGACCCAAAGCCAUCGGUCUCAAUGGUCUUCCAGGUGGGUCAAUCAAUGCACCCACUCACUGCCGGCCGUGUGCUUGCUGCGUCAUGACGUGUGUGUAUCUAUCUAUGUCGGUCAGUGUGCUGCCAUCGCCUACAUCACCGAGCAGGCCGGCGGCAAGGUCAGUGAGUGGAAGCCAACACAAUUGCUGUGCGCGUGAUGCAUGUGUGUGUGCAAUGAAUGCAAUGCAAUGCAGGCGUCUGAUGGGCACACGAGACUGCUGGACCUGCAGCCCAAGACGCUCCACGACAGAGUGGUGUUCAUCUGUGGCUCUAAGGUAUGUCGAUAACUGACCAGGCGAGAUGGAUGCACCCAUCCAUUGGCAUGGCAGUGUCUCUGUGUGCUGCUGUGUGUAUUGACGUAGGCAAUGGUCGAGAAGGCGGAGGCCUUCUUCCAACAGUCACCCAAGUUCGGGUGACUAACAAGAUGGAGACUGCGUCCAUGAAGGGAUUGCAUACGAAUGAAAGGACGGAUUGGCUAUUUCUCCCACUUCAUGCCAUUGGUGCAUUUUUCUCCCUCUGGUGUGCACUGCCCUGUGCGUGAGAUUACGUGAGAUUCAUGGAUAAGUGAUCGACCUUCAAUGUAUUCUUUGAGAGAGACCAGAAGCACGUGACUCAUCAGUAGGUGAGGCUGCCGCAUUUUGUCAGAUUAUGUUAUUAGCGGAGGACCACUGAAACACUGUCUGGAUGCGACCCAUUGAGAAAGGAAAGCCUUGUGCCGGUGGAGCACAACGAGAGCAAAGUAGAGCAAACGAGUAAACGCGUCGAGA